AUGAGAUCCUACCUCGCUUUGACAGUGGUCUUGUUCACACUGGGCGUUUGGUCGCAGGACUGCGGAUCUGCGAGAGUUGUGCAGACGCCAACUGCGAAGCCAUUCGCUGCGGCGGCGGCUGCUGGUGCCAGUCGGGCCACCUCCGAGACAGCGUACGCUGGCGCUUGCAUCCCCAUGGACCAAUGCCCGAGUGGUGGCGUCAGCGACGACGAGCAGCUGGAGCCGCGUGAGUGGCGUGGCGUCAACGUUCCCGGUUCCUGCUGGCGUAACUCUUGCGCCGAGAAAAAGUAA